GUUUUAUCUACAAAUUGUUGAAACUUCCGAAUUGAAAAUCCGCUCAUAAAUCUUCUUCCUUUCUCCGCAGAAUAAACACAAAAGCCGCCGCCGCCCACCACCACCGCCACACCACCACUUCCACCGCCGCUCCACAACCGCUACCGCCACAGCUACCGCCGACUAUUUGUUAGCUACUUAGGCUCUGCAUCUUUUUAAAAGUAAAAAAGACUGCAGAAGCUUUUCUUUUCCGAGGGUCUUCAGCAAUGGAGGAUGACUAUUUCUUAAUCAGCACAGUUAUCAGCGGCAAAUGUUGAACCAGACACAUCUGGGAGGUAUUCUAUAGCCGAUGGAAAUUGUUGAAUCCAUCUUUGACAUACCUGUGCAAGAUCCUCCUGGGGAAGAAUUUUCGUCGUCCGAUUUGGAGUGGACUAGAUAUGGAAGUAAAGAGCCCUACGAGGAUGUAGCACUCAUACCUUAUGACCGGGUUGAUGCAUUUAUUGUAGGAGAGUGUCUUAAUGCAGAAUACCCUACUCAGUUUCACAUUGAGAAGGUACGGAAACGAGAUAAAAAGAGUUUGAAGGAGUUAAAAGACGAUGACUUUCUUGAGUAUAGGCGGUACUGGUGUUCCUUUGGCCCUGAGAAUUAUGGUGAAGGUGGGGAUAUACUACCAAGCCGUAGAUAUCGACUCAACACUAGAAACCGUGCUGCUAGACCCCAGUCAAUGAGAGGCUGUACAUGCCAUUUCGUAGUCAAGCGUCUAGUUGGCCUUCCAGAUUUUGCGCUUAUCAUCUAUAACAAUAGGCAACAUGUAAACAAGUUCGGUACUAUCUGUCAUGGGCCACUCGACCGAGAUGCUAUUGGCCCUGGUGCCAAAAAACUCUUAUAUAAUAGCAAUGAGAUUCAACAGCAGACAAUGGCUAUGAUUUAUCUCGGUAUUCCUAUAGAAAAUGUAUUGGAGAAACACAUUGAGGGUGUUGAGCGUUAUUGUGGUCCCAAUACUCAAGUCAAGAAUCUUGCUUCUCAAUAUGUGCAUAAACUUGGCCUGAUUAUCAAGCGUUCUUCUCAUGAGCUGGAUUUGGAUGACCAAGCCAGUGUUAAGUUGUGGGUCGAGCGGAAUAAAGAAAAAGUUUUCUUUUACCAGGACACAUCAGAAAAAGAUCCUUUCAUCUUGGGCAUACAGACAGAGUGGCAGUUACAGCAGAUGAUUCGUUUUGGUCACUGCAGUAUUAUGGCCAUGGAUUCAACUUUUGGUAUAAAGAAGCUAAAGUAUCCUUUGUGCACGCUACUUGUGUUUGAUUCACGGCAACAUGCACUCCCCAUUGCAUGGAUAAUUACACGGAGUGUUUCCCCUACUGAUGUGGCAAAAUGGUCAAAAGCUCUUAUGGAUCGAGUUCGUGCAGUUGAUAUUGGAUGGAAGGUCAAUGGAUUCUUGGUUGAUAGUGCAGCAUUGGAGGUCGACCCAUUAAGGGAAACUUUUUCCUGCCCUGUCCUCUUCUCCCUUUGGCGAAUUCGUAGAUCAUGGCUGAAGAAUAUUCUGAAAAAGUGUAGUAACAUUGAAGUCCAGCAGGAGAUAUUCAAACGUCUGGGAGAAAUUGUUUACAGUAUUUGGGGUGGAAUGUCUUAUGAAGUUUCUUUGGAAUAUUUAUUUCAAGAUUUUGUUGAUCAAACUGCAUUCAUGAAUUACUUCAAGGGGGCUUGGAUGCCAAAACUUGAAAUGUGGCUUACAGCUAUGAAAACUACUCCACUGGCGAGUCAGGAAUCUUCUGGUGCAAUUGAAGCUUACCAUGUGAAGUUGAAAUCGAAAUUGUAUGAUGACUCACAUCUUGAUACAUUCCAACGCGUUGAUUGGUUGGUGCACAAGUUGAUCUCAGAGGUGCAUUCCAGCUAUUGGCUGGACAGAUUCGUAGAUGACAGCGACUCAUUCCAAAAUGUGAAAGAGGACUACAUUGCUUCCACGUCAUGGUACCGGGCGUUGCAGAUUCCCGAUUCUGCAGUUACAAUGGAUGAUAAUGAACGUCUUUUUGCCAAGGUAUCAAGUCAGAAAGACAGCGAAAGAACGCGAGUAGUAUGGAACCCUGGAUCAGAAUUCGCCUUUUGUGAUUGCGAAUGGUCAAUGCAGGGAAACCUGUGCAAGCAUGUUAUUAAGGUGAAUAUGGUCUGUGAGAAGCUUAAAUCCUGCCAGCCCUCCUUGUCGUUUCAGUCAUUGAGUAAUAUCUUGACGAGAUUACAGCUGAAACCUAUGGAUGAUUCCAUGGGGCUUGAUUUAGCGACGGCCUGGACCCACCAAAUGUUUGACCAAAUUCAGAAACUUGUUGAACUGAACAGUUGUAAUGAGAUCGGUAGCAUGUUAAAGAAUAUGCCCUUAAAGUGGAGUAAAAGGAAAUGCAGAACAUCAUCUGGGAAGCCACCAGGUAGCAUUAGGGCUUCGCCAUCAAGUUCAAAGGCCAAUGCUGCAGCACUUAAAAAGAGUAGGAAUAGAAAAAGGAAGAGGUUAUCUUGCAUCAGGUGAUUUAUUUUUUUCUUUUUUUUUUGGGAUUCAUUACUGCAGAAAUUGUACAUGAAGUAUCUUCCAGUCCAAAAAAAAUUCCUGAUCCAAAGUAGGUUUUUUGUGAGAGGCUCAAUAUUUACCCGUUUUUGGUCAAUAUUUGGUGUCUUUGUAUCUAUUUGACAUUUGAUAGUGAUUUGUUUUAAAGUCCUAAUGGAGAAGGGUUAGGUGAUUGCAAAAUUUUACAAGUCAAGUCAUUGCUGAUUAACACUAUAUUGGAGAAAUGGAGAAGGGUUGGUAACUAAUAUCUUGUAUUAACAAAAUUUUACAACAGACAAUCUUUUGUUUUAAAGUCCUAAUGGAGAAGGGUUAGGUGA